AUGCCUCGUUUCUCGGCCGGUUCCCAGUCAUCCACUCUGACCAGAAAGAAGACGUCACCGCGAUAUUCGGCAUCUGUUGAUUUCGAGAAGUUCCUCCGAAUAAAGAGCAAUUUGCAGCAGAACAUCUCAAAGAAGCGUCAGAAAGUUGGCGAUAAGCGGAUUUCGAUGGUGUUCAUCUCCGAUUCAACGAAAGACGUGUUCAUCUCCGAUUCAACGAAGGACAGCGAAUACGGCAGGAGAAGCGACGGAGGUGGAUCAGAAGGCAGUCCGAAAUCCAACGAUGAAGACAUCUAUGGGGAUGAGUGGAGCAGCGACGAUGAUGAUGGUUUGUAUGCUUGUGUAAACGAACCUGAAUAA